AUGGAGGCUUUGCGUGAGCUCCUUUGCAAAGAAAGUGCAGCUGCUGAAAGUGAGUGGGCCAAUGCGAGCAAGGUACUGUCAGAUGCCAGGACGAAGGACGAUGACUUGCGAGCUGAAGUGAAAUGGCGAGUAGCUGAGAAGCAGGCUGCAGAACGUGCGGUUGCUGAAGCUGAAUCUCGCCAUGCCAUUGCAGCCGCGGCCCUGAUUCAAGCGGAGAAACAAAGUCUGACUGCUGCUGCGACCCUAGCGCAGAAGCAAGCCUUGCUGGGACAGCUCUGGGAUCAUGAAGCGCAACUUCUACAGCAGUCAAAGAUGGCCGAGGAAGCAAAGCUGGAGGCUCAACAGGCCAAGGCCAAUGCCAAGGAAGGACAACAACGGCUUGAGGAAGCUCUACAGGACCUCCGGUCCAUAAGAGCUCAACAUGAACAUGAGAAGUACAUAGCACAAGCCUUGCAAGAACAGAAUCGGAAACUGACCGCGGACCUGAGUUGUCUUCAGGAACUCAGGAAACAGGAUGAGCUGAACCGUAGCCAAUUAGAGCUGAUUAAAGCUGAUAAGGACAUAUUAGAGAGAGAGGUCAGGUCCCAUCAAUCAGAGAAGGAGAUUCUAUCAGAGAAGUGCAGCAGAGCUGAAGUGCAGCUCUUGGAGAUGAAGUCGCGUGAGGAUCGCAUGUCUGGCCAACUUUCAGUGCUCCAAGAGGCGUUGAGAACUGCUCAAAAUGAUGCUGCAGCCUUGCGGGCCCGCUUGGAGUCUCGAAGGUCUGGAUGUAUUGAAGGACCAGACCUUGCCAGCUCGGUGAGGGGUGCCCAACUCUGUCCUCCUGAUGGUAGAAAAGCCUCAGAAACUGGCUGCCAGCCCCAGGCGUUCCAACCCUGGGAGAGCAUGCAGGCGAUGCAAGGCCUUGCAGCUUCUGCCUCAGGGGUCGUCCAAACGCCAGACCCUCCCAGCAAUUCAGGUCCACCAGCUAAAACAGGCCGGGAUGAGACGAAAGAUGAAGAGAUGGGAGGUGACGGUAAUGCAGAUGAUCCUGUGCUCGGACACUUUCCUGAUACACAAAUUGAUGAAGAUGCUCCUGCAAAGCGCCCACGUAAGGCGGAACCGCAGCUGGGCCAAAAGGUGGGCCAGAAUGUUGAAGGAGUUGAUUUGCUGAAGAAGGCUCUGAAUUUGAAUAGUCCUGGAUCAUCGCUUCCUUCGCCUUUCAGAUCAUUCGGAGAGCCACACGUGACUGGGCAGCCUUACACACCACAAUCACCACCGAGAGAACGUCCCAAUCUCUCAAGGCAGAGAGGCUUCAUGGGUUUGACCGAAACAAGUGGGCCAAGCAAGCCAAACAAAUUAGUUCCAGGGGAGCAUGGGAGAGCUGCUAAGCGUUCAAAAGAAGAGGUUGAGAGGCUUGCUCACUCCAUGUUCUACGCAAAGCCGCAGCCGAGACAACUGCGUGCUCCACCUUUGAAAUUAUAUCCCGCACACAUUGAAUAUGUGCUGUCAAACUGGGAUGCGUACAUUGCAAAAUAUGGCCACGGUGAUGGAAGUAAUGGUCCUGCCAGUCUUGCUUCAAAGUUGGGCCACCCUGCACCAGGUGCCUGGCAAGCUGUACAGGAUUUCCUGAAGGCGUCGGCGAGCGAAAGUCCGCACAGUCCACAGCGCAUGCGUUGCAUUGUGUCCCGAGCCUGCGAAAAAAAGGAAGGAGGUGGUGGCAAAGGUGGGGGCACCUUGGAUUUUCUACCAGAGGACUCUGAAUUGGGACUUCAAGGUGCCUAG